AUGUUAACAGCCUCACGAUUUGGCGUUCAGGUGUUGGGCCGAGGUGUGGCACCGGCGUUGGCGCAGGCUCGCGGCCUCGCCGACGCCAAGACUAGCCAAAAGGGACAAUAUCGCGUGGUGGACCACAGUUUUGAUGCGAUCGUCGUUGGAGCCGGUGAGUGAAGCUUUGUUAUUGUUUCAACUUUUAGAUCACCCAAAAAUUUAAACAAAAAACGUCAAAAUUGAGCAAAAUUAUGUUGUUUUAGGUGGUGCUGGACUCCGUGCCGCGAUGGGCUUGGCGGAAGGUGGAUAUAAGACUGCAGUUAUCACCAAGUUGUUCCCCACUCGUUCUCACACCGUCGCUGCUCAAGGUGGAAUCAAUGCCGCCUUGGGAAACAUGAAUCCCGACGAUUGGCGAUGGCAUUUCUACGACACUGUCAAGGGUAAGAUAAAAUUUUUGAGUAUUUUCGAUUUUUAGGAUCUGAUUGGCUUGGAGAUCAGGAUGCGAUCCAUUACAUGACUCGUGAAGCUCCACGUGCUGUCACCGAGCUGGAGAAUUAUGGAAUGCCAUUCUCUCGGACCACUGAUGGAAAGAUUUAUCAGCGAGCUUUUGGUGGUCAAUCUAAUAACUAUGGAAAGGAUGGACAAGCUCAUAGGUGCGUAUGUAGAGUCUAGUUGGGUGAUUUCGGUCGUCAUUAACAGAAAAAUAUUGAUGACAUCAUUAAUGUUCAUCAUGGUGAAUAUAACAAUUAUGCUUUGUAAAUGGCCGAAAUAUCGCAAAAACAAGUUUUGCUAGUAUUGGUCCUGUCUAAUUAGAUUAUUUUUAUGAGCUCUUUCAAAAAAUUUUAUAUUACACUAGGCAUAACUUUGGAAAUUUUACCUCGAAAAAUACAAUUGUUUUGUAGAACUUGCUGUGUGGCCGAUCGUACUGGCCAUUCCCUCUUGCACACGCUCUAUGGAGCCUCUCUGCAGUACGAUUGCCAAUAUUUUGUCGAAUAUUUUGCUCUCGACUUGUUGAUGGAUCAGGGAAAAUGUGUUGGAGUUAUCGCCAUUGACCUCGAAGAUGGCUCCAUCCAUCGUUUCCGUGCCAACAGCACCGUCUUGGCCACUGGUGGCUACGGAAGAGCCUACUUUUCGUGCACUUCAGCUCACACUUGCACUGGAGAUGGUAAGAUUUUUGGAAUUUUUUUUCUGUUUUUAGGCGAUGAUGGGUUCUACUAGUAUUGUAAUAAAGUGCAUGGACACUUUUCCUCCUUUGCACAGUGCAUUUUGAACCUUUUCCCACACUUGUCGUCAACGCACAGUGCAUUUUUCUCUUUUCGCACAGUGCACACUAAAGAAAAUUUCGUUUGCACUGUGCAAAUUCCUGAGCUCGAGGCAGCGACGUUGUUGGAACUUGCUUUUGUCGCAACGAUGUUUCGCCGCACAGUGCAAAAACAAAAAAAGUGAACUGCACAGUGCAAAAUGUGGGUUUUUGUGCACGGUGCGGGCGUUGACAAAAAGUCUACGCACUUUAUGAAAAACUAAUUAUAUUUUCAUAAAGUGCGUAGACUUUUUUCACGGGCCGCACCGUGCGCAAAAACCUCCCCAUUUUGCACAGUGCGUUCCAUCUUUUUCGGUUUUUGCACUGUGCGACGAAACAUCGCUGCGACAUAAGCAAGUUUCAACUUCGUCGCUGCGUCGACGCCAGAAAUUUGCACAGUGCAAACGGAAUUUUUUUAGGUGUGCACUGUGCGAAAAGAGAAAAAUGCACUGUGCGUUGGCGACAAGCGUGGGAAAAAGUUCAAAACGCACUGUGCGAAAGAGAAAAAAAAUCAUCCACUUUAUGAAAAUGCUAAUGUUCGGAUUGUAGGAACCGCCCUCGUCGCACGUGCCGGUCUCCAGAACUCGGACAUGGAGUUUGUCCAAUUCCAUCCCACCGGAAUCUACGGCGCCGGCUGUUUGAUGACCGAGGGCUGCCGUGGAGAGGGUGGAUACCUGAUCAACUCCCAAGGCGAACGAUUCAUGGAGAGAUACGCGCCCGUGGCCAAGGACUUGGCCUCCAGAGACGUGGUUUCCCGCUCAAUGACCAUCGAAAUCAUGGAAGGAAGGGGUGUGGGCCCGGAUAAGGAUCACAUUUAUCUCCAGCUGCAUCACUUGCCAGUUGAGCAGCUCAACACCAGAUUGCCUGGUAAGGAAGUUGGAGGAUUGUGGAGAGAUUUGAAGGGGAGAUUUGGGCAGUUUGGGAGGUCAAGUUAUAUUGUAGUGGGCAAAAUUGAUGAGAUGAUUUCGUCGAAAUUUUGAUGUCUUGGGAGGUUUAAAUGGUUUUAUAUAUAGCUUGUUAUUGAAUUUAAGUUAUGUUAGGGUAUAUUUGAGAUGGUUUUUGGUUAAAAAUUAUAUUACACUAGACAAAAAAUUUGAUUUUUAAAAAAAAAUUUGUUUGAAAUCCGGUUUUUUUUUGAACUUCUAGGUUGUAUUUUGGAUGGUUGAGGCACGUAAAAGCGUUUUGAGUUGAUUUUAAGACCUGAAUUAUAUUAUACUAGGCAAGGAAUUGAAAAUUUUUGAAAGUUUGGUCGAUUUUGUUUGAAAUGAUUAUAUCCUCUGCCAUUUCAGGUAUCUCCGAGACUGCCAAGAUCUUCUCCGGCGUCGAUGUGACCAAAGAACCGAUCCCCGUCAUCCCCACCGUCCAUUAUAACAUGGGCGGUACCCCCACCAACUACAAGGGACAAGUAAUCACCUACACCCGCGAAGGCGGAGACAAGGUUGUUCCCGGCCUCUACGCAGCAGGAGAAUGCGCCGCACACUCGGUUCACGGAGCCAAUCGCCUCGGCGCCAACUCUUUGUUGGACUUGGUCAUUUUCGGCCGAUCCUGCGCGUUGACCAUCCAAAGCUUGAGCAAACCCGGCGACAAGGUCCCCGAACUCCCCGCCAACGCCGGAGAGUCCUCCAUCGCCAAUGUGGACAAGCUGUUGACCGCGAACGGCGACAUUGCCACCGCGGAUUUGCGCUUGGAACUCCAGAAAACGAUGCAAAGACAUGCCGCCGUGUUCAGACGAGGAGAUCUCCUUCAAGAGGGCGUGAAAAAGGUCGCCGAUUUGUAUAAACAAGCUAAACAUGUCAAAGUCACCGAUAAAGGGCGUGUCUGGAAUUCGGAUCUGAUUGAGACGCUGGAGCUGCAGAAUUUGUUGAUCAACGCCAGUCAGACGAUUGUGGCCGCCGAAAAUCGCAAAGAGUCGAGAGGAGCCCACGCCAGAGAUGAUUUCCCGGUAAGAAGGAGUGGAAGAAGAAUUGAGAAAGAUUUUGGGGCGGUUUGGGGAAUAUUGGAGUGGAAAAUUUGCAGGAAUUUUGGGUCUGGACCUUAUUUUAGGUCAAUUUUGGUAAAGUGAGGUGAAAUUUGUGUUUUAGUUUGGUUGAAAGUGGAAGAAAGGGGCUUCAAAUGAAAGAAUAGAGAUAGAUAUGGCUUGUUGAAGGUAUAGGUCGGCACGUUUCGGAUAAAAUUGAGAUUUUUUACCUUAUUUUAGGUGAUGUUACAGGUGUGUAAAAUAAGGUGAAAAUAAUGUUGGGAUUUGAUGGGAACUGGUGGGAAAUGGUUUAAAAUGGAAGAAUGUAGGAUGCUUAGGAUUUCUGGUGAUGUGUGCCGGUGAAAUUUUGGAUAAAAUUAGGGUUUUUGGACCUUAUUUUACGAGGGAAUGGUCCGAACUUCCCCCAGCGUUUGGGAAAAUGACUAGUACAGGUGGAUAGAGCAGGUCAACUUUGGUAAAAAGAGCCAUUUUCCAGCUGCGAAAUAAGCCUAGCCGACGAGAAAAAUCGACCGAAAGUUCCACAAAAAUUUCCUCUUUCUCUUCCCUCCGAAAAGAAGAGCAGUGUCCAGUGGUUCGGUUAGCCGAGUGGAUAAAGCAUCCGCUCGAUAUUCUUUUGGGGGUUGGUUCGAUUGGGUCUCCCGAAGGACCCGUGAUAAGGCUUUGAUGGGCAAGAUGAAACUCCAAAAAAAAAUAUUUUGCCAUUUUUAUACAUUUUUAUACCAAAACAAUAAUCGUCAAAAAAAUGCAUUUUUUGGGUGCUUCCGAACCUUCAAAGCGAUAAAACGUCGAAGUUAUACUCGUUUGGUGAGAGAAAAGGUUAUCAAAAAAUCCUAUCUUUUUGAUACGGUCUGUACCCCACUUUGUUAUUGUUUAAAAAUUUUUAUAUGUCAGCUUGUCGGGAAAAUAACGGCGGAUCGUCGCGCCUCCGAUUCGCCUAUCAUCGCAUUGCGACGGCGCACGUCAAGAAAAAAUAAAAGAAAAACGGGCGCCCAAUGAAAAAGCCUAGAAUUUUUUUUUGGCAUUCUGGCCGGUGCAAAUCCGUUUUUGUCCAAAUGGUUUGCAAUAUUUUGACAUAAAGAUUAUUAGUAAAUCACAAGAUAUUGAUACCAAUAGAAAGCUCGAGAGUUGCUUAAGCUAAUAGAACCAAAAUAUACCCAUAAUCAUAGUAUUUUGACAGUCUUCCAAGGCGAAGAAAACAACGUCUAAAUAAAAUUUUGUAUCGACGAUACCGAGUCAGAGAGAACUGGAAGGGGGUAUAGGCUCCACGUCAAAAAAAUCCUUAAACUAUUCUUCAAGUAUCUACAUCGGUCUCGUCCCGCUUGAUGGGACAGUUUUUUUGAUAUUCGGCCUUGAAAUUUGCACUAUUUUUAGCCUAGCUCGAACCGUGUUCAAAAAAUGCGUCACGACGACACCCAUUCAGAAUGUGCCAGUGGUAUAAAAAACAGUUGUAUACGACUAGUAGUACUCCCUAGAGCUCCCAUAAAAAAAAUUAGGUUAAACAUUGUUGUUAUGUGCAAUUUGGAUGACAGAUUUUAUGAAUUUUUUUUCGCUGUGAGAACCUUUGCAAUGCCCGCAAUUUCUUGACGUGCGGCGGCCAGCUGGAGAUUUGGUGCGCGAGAGCGGUGAGGCGAGACACUUUGAUACGACGAUCCACCGUUAUUUUCCCGACAGGCUGAUACCUAUAAAACGUAUAAAAAUGGCAAAAUAUUUUUUGGAGUUUCAUCUUGCCCAUCAUAGCCUUAUCACGGGUCCUUCGGGAGACCCCGGAAUCGAACCAACCCCCAAAAGAAUAUCGAGCGGAUGCUUUAUCCACUCGGCUAACCGAACCACUGGACACUGCUCUUCUUUUCGGAGGGAAGAGAAAGAGGAAAUUUUUGUGGAACUUUCGGUCGAUUUUUCUCGUCGGCUAGGCUUAUUUCGCAGCUGGAAAAUGGCUCUUUUUACCAAAGUUGACAUGCUCUAUCCACCUGUACUAGUCAUUUUCCCAAACGCUGGGGGAAGUUCAGACCAUUCCCUCGUUAGGUGAACUUUCGAAAAAAAAAUAUUUUUUUUUUUGGAUUUUUGAACAGAAAUCUAUGGGCUUGAAUUAUGAAUUGAACCUUUAGACAGCUUUUUCUUUCUAUUUUUCUUGUUUUAAAGGUCAAAAUUAGAGAUUUUUGACCUUAUUUUAGGUUGAUUUAGACAUCAAAAAAAAUUUUUUUAUGUCCCUCCUAACUUGCCCGAUUUCCAGGACCGCCUCGACGAAUACGACUACUCGAAGCCCACACUGGACGGCCAGACCAAGAAGUCGUUCGACGAACACUGGCGCAAACACUCGAUCAUCAACCAGAACGUCGAAACGGGCGAGGUGAAAUUGAACUACAGACCCGUCAUCGACGACACCUUGGACAAAUCCGAGACCGACUGGAUCCCCCCGAAGGUCCGCUCGUACUGA